AUGACAUCUCAGGACAAACAGACACACUUCAAAGGCUGGGCCAAAGGAGUUAGCGAAAGCUUAGGCUGGGACAGGAAUCUGUCCAGGCAGAUUUUGGAGACAGCCGCCCAGCGUGAGCUACAGGAUGAAGCUACUUAUCACCGUGACUGGGAGAAGGCACAGGGCAGUGGCAGCACCGGGUCCAAGGGCAAGGGCAAGACCACCAAGGACGGCAGCAAGGCUGGCAAGGCACAGGGCAGUGCCGGUGGUAAGGCCGCACAGGGCAUUGCCGGUGGUAAGGCCACUGGCAAAACACAGGCCAGCGCCGGCAAGGACAGUGGCAAGACACCUGCCAGCACCGGUAAGGAAAGUGGCAAGACACCUGCCAGCGCCAGCGGUGGCAAAGCAGCUGCCAGCAGCGGUAAGGACACCGGCAAGCCACCGGCUAAGGACAGUGGCAAGACACCCGCCAGCGGUAAGGACACCGGCAAGCCACCGGCCAGUGUGGCUAAGGACAGUGCCAAGACACCCGCCAGCACCGGUAAGUGA